AUGUCCUUCGACGCAAGCACCGCCACCGGCUCGCUACCCCAGACGAUGAAUCCCUUGUCCAAUGCAGCCAACCAAGGCCGCCCACCGCAAAGACAACGGAACGAGGGCACCCCAGCCUCCCCCCGCGUCGCAUUCAACCCAUUCCUGCUCUUGAACCCCACCAACCCCAAGGGAGCCUGCAAAGACCCCAAUGGGCUCCCAGGUGACCCACUGAUCUUGACUCCAACUCAGCAGCUAUACGCCGAUUUUGGAGUCCAGCCGGUUGCUGAGGAUCUAUUAUUGCGGUAUGAAUUGACCUCCCCGCUGCCCAAAUCCCUCUGCCCUUCUACUACCCGCAUCAAUCCUGAGCCAGCUGUUGGCAAGUGGCCCGGCGGGCCGGCCAGUAUCCCAUCCAGCAGCCCUACCCGCAUCCCGUCCCCCGCCGCCACCGGAGCAGCAACCUUCACCCGUCUUCCCAUCAAACGCUACCGGCCCCAUGAUCCUCCUCCUUUGGAAGAGACGGACCUGACGUGUCGGCCAGCAAAGAAGGCCGCCAAGCCGGUCAAAGCAACCCACAUUGUGUCCAAACAACAGCGCCAAAACGUGAUUCAAGGCGGCUUUGGAAGCCUGAACAACGCCAAGAAGCCUAAGACCAACGGCCGUGGAAGAAGAGGCGAGAUCAAGACCGGCGCCAAUAAGUCCGUCAUCCUCAAACAGGCAGCUGAGUUUGCCGUCUGGAUGGCCAUCGGUAACUCCGCCCUGUCCUCCAAAAUCUCCCGUCUUGAAAACAUCCUCCUCAGCCAUUGUAUCCAGGUUCAGCUUCUCUCUCCUCCUCAAAAGGGCCCCCUCGACAGAUGGUAG